ACCUAUCAGUCCAAUUAAAUGUCUUGAGCGAGCCGAGCGGGCGGUCCUCCCAGCCGCCGGCUGCCCCUGCUCUCGGCGCCCCGCUAUCCAUGGCUGGCUGGCUGUACUCCUCCCGGUGCGCCCUCCUCCAGCAUCUCGCCAGCCGCAGCAACUUGCCUUCAGCCAGCCUCUGCCCUCAAGCCGCCACGGCAUGGGCUAGACCCCGAGCAGCUUCUUGCCUUCUCCCGUCCAGUCCUCGCGUGGUCUUGCCCCUUUAGCCCGCCUCGCCCGUCCCCGCCGUAACCCCGACAGUCAGUCCAUCACUCGGUCGGCUUUCCUCCGCGGGGCAGCGGUGGAGGACCAGCGGGCUCCCUAGGAGCGGGCGCCCCCACCCUGCUCCUCCUCCCGCUCCUCCGCGCUCCCACUCGUCGGGAUCCCCCGUCCCUCACCAAGGGACGCGCCGACCGACGUCCUCUCCCCGCGGCCGUACGACCCACCCGGGGGUUGGACCCGGCGCCCACUUCUUCGUGGAAGAUAUAUGUUGGGUAAAGGAGGAAAGCGGAAGUUUGAUGAGCAUGAAGAUGGGCUGGAAAGCAAAGCCACGCCCCCCUCCGACGGUCCGUCCAGGGCGUCUUACACCUUACAGCGCCAGACUCUCUUCAACAUUUCCCUUAUGAAACUGUAUAACCACAGGCCCCUGACAGAGCCCAGCCUGCAGAAGACUGUCUUAAUUAACAACAUGUUGAGGCGGAUCCAGGAGGAACUCAAGCAGGAAGGCAGCCUAAGGCCUGCGUUCACCCCCUCUUCCCAGCCCAGCGACUCUCUGAGUGACAGCUACCGGGAAGCCCCACCUGCAUUCACCCACCUGGCCUCGCCUCCUGCUCACCCCUGUGACCCAGGAAGCACUACACCCUUGGAGGCCUGCCUCACCCCUGCCUCCCUGCUAGAGGACGACGAUGACACUUUUUGCACUUUGCAGGCUGUGCACCCCGCAGCUCCUACCAGACUCUCUUCUCCAGCCCUCACACCAGAAAAGGACAGCUUCUCCUCCGCCUUGGAUGAGAUCGAGGAGCUCUGUCCCACAUCUACCUCCACAGAGGCCGCCGCCGCGGGGGCAGCGGCGCCUGACAGCGCAAAAGGACCCUCCAGUGAGUCCAGCACCCAGAAACCUGAGGGCCCCCAGGAAGGCCGUACUGAUGACUCAAGGCUCAUGGACUCUCUGCCUGGGAAUUUUGAAAUAACAACGUCCACGGGUUUCCUGACAGACUUGACCCUGGAUGACAUCUUGUUCGCUGACAUUGACACAUCCAUGUACGAUUUUGACCCCUGCACAUCUGCAUCAGGGACAGCCUCAAAGAUGACCCCUGUGUCAGCUGAUGACCUCCUCAAGACCCUGGCUCCCUACAGCAAUCAGCCUGUUGCCCCAAGUCAGCCUUUCAAAAUGGAUCUCACGGAGCUAGAUCACAUCAUGGAGGUGCUUGUUGGGUCCUAAGGCCUGGGGACCCCGUUCCUGCUCUGACCCAGGCCCUGAGCAUCCUGCCACCUUGACAGACACUGUCUCCGCACUGUGCAUGUACCCUUGCUUGCCUUUUUCAGAGAUAAAGAACAUUUUACAAAAGGAUCACACUAGUAUUUUCUUCAAGCAGAGUUGGAGUGCCUUCAUUCGAGUCUGACCACUUACUACACUCUUCUGAGUGGUUCCUCAGAGACCUACUGUCCUGCCGUAGGAGAGAAGACAUUUGGAGACUGUGUGGCUAAUGUGGAAACGUGAACAUGAACAGUUCAAGGGAAGCACAAGGGUUAAGUUGGAAAAGCUGUAAAUUGCAUGUGCAUAUUUGUCUAUUUUUUCUAUAAGUUUUAUUGCAAGAGGUAAAAAAAAGAAUAUAUAUCUAUAUUAUUUGGGUAAUCUCAGUACCUUUUCUGGCGUUUUGCCCUGUGUGAGUUGACUUGGCAAUUCUGCCUUUUUAGAGGCAUUAACUACUCGUAAGUGUUGCAUUUACAUGGCUGUUUAGAAAACUGCUGCCCAAAUUUAUUUUAUAUUUUUGUACAGAUUCUGCAGUUUAUGAUAUUGUUUUUCUAAAAACAAAUGCUGUUUAUACAUAUGAGAUAGCUAUUUUGAUAGGAUUUGCUCACAUAGUUCCUGCAAACGUAAGAUGUACAAGUUGCACUUGUACUUUUCUAGAGUCGUAAUGUUUUAUAUGUGUAUGGUGCAAGAGAAAAUUGGAUCAAAUCAAUCUGUAGUCGAUGCCCCAAUGCAAACACACACAGCGCUUUGCUGACAGGCCAGGUGAUCUGACG